AUAGAUUUUUAAGAGUUGUAAAAAAGUGCAGAUAAUAGUCGAGUGCAUCUCCCUCAGUUCUCCUCAAAAAGGCAAGAUUGUUGCGAAAUCCUCUCAGUUCCUCGAAAAUCCAUCAUGCAGGUCGUUAUUCUCUUGGCGAUAUCCACAAUAGCACUUGGUGAUCCCCUGAGAUCAUCAUCCCCUGAAAAACCUAUCGGUUCAGGCAAUCGAAUUAUCGGCGGUAGGAAUGCAACAAUCGAGGAAGUUCCCUACCAGAUUAGUCUUCAAUUCGCCAACAGUCACAACUGCGGUGGCAGCAUCAUCUCGAAGAAUUGGGUGGUAACAGCUGGACAUUGCGUGGGUGGCUCGACAAAUUACUACUCCAUCCGGGCUGGCUCCUCCUUCAACAAUAGGAAUGGAACGAAGUACAAUGUAACGCAAAUUGUAAGACACCAAGGUUACAAUUCAACUGACGCUGGUAUUCCAGUUUACGAUAUUGCACUGGUCCGGGUGUCUCCAGCCUUUGUCUUCAGCAAGACUCAGCGAGCAGUGAAGCUCUUUGGUCUUGGUGAGACAGCUCGUACCAACGCCACCAGCACCAUCAGCGGUUGGGGUAGAACUGAGAAUGGAACGGCUGAGGUUCUGCAAGUUGUCACGAUCCCCAUAGUCUCCAAGACAGCUUGUGAUAAGAGCUAUCAGGCAUGGGGUGGCAUUCCUGAUGGACAAAUUUGCGCUGCUUAUCCACAGGGAGGAAAAGACUCCUGCCAAGGUGACUCCGGUGGUCCGCUGACGAUUGGUGGACGUCUCGCUGGUAUUGUCUCAUGGGGCUAUGGAUGCGCUGUUCCAGGAAAUCCUGGGGUUUAUACGGAAGUCGCUGCCUAUCGCUUCUGGAUCAAGUCUAUCAGUGGAGUUUAAUGAAUUAUAGUUGACUUCUUGUUGGAUGUAACUGUCCAGGUGAAAUACAAGGAAAUGUAUGACAAA